UGGGUGACCCCAGUGAGGGUUAUGGGAUCACCUGAAGGGCCAUAGGACCCCCGUGAGGCCCACGGGACCCCAGAAAGGGCCUUUGGGAGCCCAGUAAGGGCACUGAGACCCCGCUAAGAGCCACGGGACCCCAGGGAAGGGGACACGGCAGAGGUAGGGGGACCCCAUUGGUGGCUGUGAAAGCCCAGUGGGGGUCUCUGGACCCCAUUAAGGGUCCGCUGAGGGCAGCAGGACACCGUUAAGGGCUUUGGGACCCCCACUGAGACCCCUUGGGACCCCACUGAAACCCCUUGGGGCCCCACUGAAACCCCUUGGGACCCCAUUGAAGCCCCUUCGAACCCCCAUUGAAGCCCUUUGGAUCCCACUGAAGCCUUCAGGACUCAGAGAGCCCCUAGGGGCGGAAGUGCGGAGUGGGCGGGGUCUCGACAGGAAGUCGCGCGUCGCGUCGUGAUGACGUAACAAGAUGGCGGCGGCGCUAGCGAUGCGGGCCUUCCGGGGGGGUCGCGUCCCUCUGCCCCCCCACCCCAGCGGGCCGCGCCGCGGGGUCUCGUCGGGGGCAUUGCGGCGUUUGGGGGAAUGGUUCUACGAAGUGGAGGCGGUGCUGGGCUGGGCGGAGCGGCUGCGGCUGCGGCGGCUGCGCAGGAAGAACGCGCCCUACAGCUUCAUCCAGAGGCUGCAUGGUGACAACGUGGCGGCCGCCUGCUUCGCCAUGUCGUGCGGUGGAAGGGUGAGAUUUGAGGGCCAGGAGCGCUGGCUCUGCGCAGAUUCCCGCGGGCGCUGGAGCCCCGAAGUGCUGCAGUUCCGCCACGUCCCUGUGGUGGCCUUGGACCUCAGCGGCUCCCAGCUCACCUACGACGGUUUGGACAACCUUGUGCCGCUGACGAAGCUGCAGCACCUGGACCUGAGCGGCUGCCCCCACGUGGACGACUGGGCGCUGGGGAGGCUGCACGUCUUUGGGGGCAGCCUGCAGGAGCUGUCGGUGGCACGAUGCCCCCGCGUCACCGAGGGAUUGGCCACCCUGCAUCAGCUGCCGAAGCUGCAGCGCCUGGACGUCGGGGGGCUGGCGGUGCCGAGCCCGGGGCUGCUGCGCAUCCUGCUGGAGGAGAUGCUGCCACACUGCCGGGUGUUGGGCAUGGAAAUGGGGGAGGGGGACCCCCUGGAGACCCCCCCGGAGCUGGGGCAGCCCCCCCCUCCCGCCCAUGACAGCGCUGUGGUUGGAGGGGGGGUCCCAAAGUGGCAUUAAACGCAUUGCGGUCGC